CGUUUCUUACGCGCCGUUUUUUACGCGCCGCUCACGGCGAAAUUUCCGCCAUGGCGAGCCCUGAGAAGCCGCCGAAGCGGAAGCGCGUGGACUUGUCCAAGUAUGCCGACCUGGAGGCGGAAGAGGUGGGCGGCAGUGUCGAGGAAGAUGAGGCAGAGCCAGACGAGGAUCUCAUCGACGACACGGGGGUCAAAGACUCGGACGCCAGCCGGUCCAAGCUGCGGAAGAAGAUGAACCUCCAAAAAGAGAUCCAGGAGAUCGAGAAGGAGAUGGCCUCCCGAGGGCCCCUCGCUGGCGCCGCGCGCCUCUUCAGCUCCGCCAAGCUCGAUGACAUGGAGAGGAGGUUCCAGGAGAUGGACGAGGCCGCCAAGCGGGGGGAGGACGUCAGCCGCGUGGGCGUGCCGGAGACGGUGCGGCAGACGGUGACGGUGCCCGAGUCCACCGACCCGCGGCUCUGGUGCCUCAAGACCUUCGCCGGGGAGCAGGAGCUGUGCAUCAAGCUCAUGUGGAAGGCCUUCGAAGGCAUGCAGAAGGGCGAGCCGCUGCCCGUCUUCUCCGUCUUCACGGUGCCCUAUGCCAGGGGCUACAUCUACAUGGAGGCCCAGAAGGAGGCAGAUGUCCGCAGGUUCACCAAGGGCAUCAACGGCAUCUCUCAGUACACAGGCCUCUCCUUGGUCCCGUUGGACCAGAUGGCGGCGGUCUUCUCCGCGGCGGCCAGCCACGCGCAGAAGCAGAAGCUGCUGCAGCCGGGGGACUGGGUGCGGCUGAAGAAAGCGCCCUACCGGGGCGACCUCGCCCAGGUGGAGGAGAUCGAGGACGACGUGCACCUUUUGAAGCUGAAGCCGAGGAUUCAAGGGGGUCAGAUUGCCAAAGGCAACAAGAAGAUCUUUCCGCCAAAGUGGUUCAACAAAGCGGACAUGGAGGCCUUCGGGCAGGUCCUGGUGCAGGUGGAGCCGCGGAGAACGCAGAAGGGCUACAAACAUUUCUACACCGUGGACGGGGAGGCCUACAGAGACGGCUUCCUCUACAAGAACUUCAGGAGUAGCUGGUUCGUCUCAGGGCCGGAUGCCAGGCCCACGGAGUUCGAGCUGGCUGACUGGAGGAAUGCGCCGCCCAUCUCGGGCAAUGUGCGGCCGGAGCAGGAUGUGCCCAAGAGCAAAGAGGAGGCGGACCAGGAGAUGAUGCCGCCGCCCCCACUGCCAGUGAAGAAGGAUGGCCCGCGCCUAGAGGAAGGGGAGCACGUGAUCGUCUUCAGCGGCGACCUGAAGAACCUGCGCGGCACGGUGACGAAGGCCAUUUUCGGAUCGCCCACGGUGCUGCUGAAGCCCCACGGCAUCGAUGUCAAAGGCGACGUCUCCAUCGCCGUGUCGCGGCUUUGCAAGUACUUCGAGGUCGGCGACUACGUGAAUGUGAUCUCCGGUGAACACGAAGGUGACGCAGGACAUGUAGAGCAGGUGGACCUGGGUCCUCAAAAGCAGUGGGGCGCCCACGCCACGGCACGGAUUCUGGCCGCGGACUACACCUCCUUCAGGGCCUCCUUGAACGACCUGAAGCGGGGCUUGGAGCGGCCCGAAGCGCGGGACGAGGUCGGGGAGUUCAAAGUGGGGCAGCUGGUGAUGGUCAGCGGGCACUCAGAGAACCGCGCGGUGGUCAUCCGGCUCGAGGCGGGGGACCGCGCCAUGGUGCUGGGCCAGGACGGCUCCAAGCUCUACGUGAGCCUGGCGGAGCUUCAACCGGUGCAGCUGCCCAACCGGGGCCAGUACAAGAGGCAGGUCUGGUGCGAGGACCGGCGCAGGCACCGCAUCAACCCGGGCUGUGUGGUGCGAGCGCCCCAGUCGUACACCGGAUCCUCGCCUGUCACAGGCCAGGUCCUCUUCAUCCACCAGGGCCGGAUCUUCGUGAAAGCCAUCGAGGGCCUGGUGGGGGAGCGCGCUUACUUGGUGUGCCCCGGGGACAAGUGCGAGUAUGUUUGGGACCCGGACGACCUGCCAAAGGGCAAGGGCAAAGGGAAGCUCAUUUUGCCGGACAAGACCGAAGAGGAGGUCACCAUGAAGCAGAUGUCCUACGGCAUCAAGAUGGCCUCACAGCUCUCCUUCCUGCGCCCUGCCUGGCACAAGAAGCUGGGCCUCGACAAGGCCCCCGGCGGACGGCCGAGCAGCUCCUUCCAAGAGGGCGGCUCUGUGAAGAUCACUGGGGGCAACUACAAAGGCUUCCGCGGAGAGAUCCGCGCUCUGCUUGGGGAGCGCGUGAGGAUCUCCUUGCUGGCGCUGCCCAAGUUGGUGGAGGUGAGCGUCAACGACGUCCGCGAGGACGACUACGUGAUGAUGCCGCAGUCUGCGCGCUGGAGCAACAGCGCGCCCAGAACGCCCAUAGCCAUGCCCAUGCCCGUGCCCAAGGCGCCCAAGGCGCCGGAGCAAAUGCUUGCGGAUGGCUUGGAGAAGCUGCAGAUACCCACGGAUGAGGAAGCCUGGGACCCCACUUGGCUGAUGCCAAGUGCCGUCAACUCCACCCCGCGCACCCCGCGCGCGCCCGGCGCCGCCACCCCCGGAGCCGGCGCCGGCGCCGGCACGCCGGGCGCCGCGUCGCCGCAUCUGACGGCGGCGGACUUGGCGCGGCUGGGGGGGGAAGGCACCCCGCGGCUUGGCGGGGAGGCGACCCCUGCCAGCUCCAUCGUGAGCUCGGCGCGGCGGCGGCGCCAGCCGCGGCUCCCGGCGGAGGUCACGGCAGGCUAGACUUGCGGGCCAUCCAGGCCUGAUGUGGGACGCAGGUCCUGAAUGCUCACAAGCCUCGCAAGCAAAUG